UCUUGUGUGUUUAAAUUAAUUUAUAUUUAUAUAAAAUUUUGAUAUGUUAAAUUGAAGCAAAUCAUUGCACUCUACACUAUCAAUAAGCAAUUCAACCACACGACAUUGGUAUGUGGCUCUUCACACUAGUUUAGUGAUAAUAACAUUGGCGUGGAUUUAAAUUUAUUAGCUUAAUUUAGAUUUAAAAUUUAAUCUUUAUGUUUGUAACUCAUUUUAUGAUGAUUAUAAUGUAGUUGCUUGCACUCAAAAUUUAUCAUUUUAUGCAUAUAUAUAAAUAUUUAAUUUUCUCUUAUUUAAUAACUAAAUUUUAUUACUCAUGUAUCAAUAUAUAUAAUUUUCCCAAAAAUAUUAUUUAAAUUUAAGAUUUAUAUGAAACCGCUAUCUGAAGUCCGACCUACGAGGGCCUUGCAUGUUCUUUCUAAAUUAACCUUGUGUUGGAACUUUCUCAUAUUACCCUUCAUUUGAAUUUUGCUUAUUUAAUUUGAAAUUGUUGUUUUCCUCUAUCUUGAAGUGACGAACGCCAUUAAAUUUAUGUGUUUCAUGAUUUCAUUGACAAAACUAUGGAGCUUUUCCUUUAAUAGAAACACCCAAGUUUGUUCACUGUAUCCUUUCCUUUCUUUGAAUAAAUAACUAUCUAUUGUCAAAUUUUGUUAGUCUUGAAAUGAUCCUUGUAUGGCAGUGUCUUAGAUUCUUAUGAUUGUUGCUGACUUCUUGAACUCAUAUCCAUCAUGCAAUAUUUUUCUUAUUUCAUGUUGAAGGCAGGCUUUGUAAUUUAUGAUUUGAGGUAAACACUGCCCAGCAUGAAGUUAGUCAUAGGUUCUGCUUUGUAAUUAUACAAUAAAUUUAGGCUAAAACCAAACUAAUUAUAUUGACAUUGAUUUUCUUGUCUCGUUUUUAACCAGGCAAGACAAUCCAUUUGACUGAAGUGGGUACAUGAAGGUCUGCGACUUGUAUUGCGGCAGCGGAGCUGAUGCAGAGAAAUGGGAUGGAGCUCAAAUCAGUCAUUAUGUUGGAAUUGAUGUGUCCUCUAGGAUAAAUGAAGUGAGGGAAGCAUGGGAGAGUCAGCGUAAAAGCUUCACUUCUGAGUUCUUUAAGGCUGAUCCUUGCACCGAUAAUUUGGAAGCCCUGUUGCAAGAGAAGGACAUUCAGGCUGAUCUUGUCUGUUGCUUGCAGCAUUUGCAAGUAUUUUGUGUAUUGGGUUUUGAUUCGUCAUGUGAACAAAUAUGAUGAAUCUGAAGUGCAUUUCUAUUCUUCUAUUUGCAGUUAAGAUUUCAAACUAAAGACAAAGCAAGGAGACUUCUAAGUAAUAUGUCAUUUUUGUUGAAACCAAGGGGUUAUUUUUUUGGUAUUACUCCUGAAAAGGUGAUUGGAAAAAACCAUUGUUUCUGGAUUUGUGUAUUUUCCAUUUUUUUUCCUUCUGGUUGCUGCUGCACCUGUUUCUGGGAGGUGAUUGUGUAAACAUUUUAGUGUGCUUUAGUUAUUGUAAGAAUAUUUUUAACAUUGUUAAUUUUAAUAUUAUUGUAAGAAUAUUUUGAAUUAUAA